AUGGCAAUGACAACAUCAAAUCUCAAUUCUACUAAAACUAUUACCCGUCGUAGUACAGUUUCUGACGCAAAAAUAGUCAAUGAACAAGUCCUAUCACAAGAGCUUGGCCAAUUUUCACCUUUUAAAAUCAAUUCAACAAAAAAACAAAUAACAAAAUUUCCUAUAGAAAUCAUUCUUUCGAAAACAAUUGGUAGUGAAUGGCAAUCUAUACCUGACUAUCUUUGUUCAAAAAAUCCAUCUUUUGAAAAGAAACUUCGAACCAUUUUACCAUCAACGAUGAAUUUAGAGGAAUUAAGAGAUAUUGCUAUUCUCAUGCAUAAAAUUAUGUCGAUUGACAUAGUACAAUCUCUCUGGAUAGUCUAUCGAAAAUAUGGUAUGGAAGAAAUACAAUCCAAACGACCAAUCAAUGAAUCCGAUACAAAACUUUGGCCAAAAGAAGUUUCAUCACUCAUGGAACAGUUAAAAAAUGAUAAUAUUAUUGGUGAAAGUAGUUGUUUAAUUUUCGUCAAUCAAUGUUUACAAGAAUUCUACAAUAAAAAGGAAUAUUAUCGACGCGAAUUAAAUGUCAAGACCAGUCGUUUAUCUGGUUAUAACCAUAGCAUCGAAUAUACUAUUGAAAAAUUUGUACAACAAGGACUUCAAUCUUUACAUAUUGAAAUCAAUGAACAUAUUGCCACGGUUCAAUAUCAUUAUACCAAUAAAAUAUUUCAACACACUUAUUUUGCUCAAAAUCCUAAUACAAAUCAAUAUAAAAUACGAAAGAAUAGCAAAAAUUCAAAAUAUUUUCUAUUGCAUAUGGAUUUCAAUACAAUUGAUUUAACUCGAGCAGAACAAGCUACUUCUUUGUUAAUUAAUAAUGAACAACAAGAAUAUCAAUCAAGAACAUUAUUAGAUAAAAAUAAUGGACGAUAUGCUUAUUUACCUAUAUUUCCAACAGAAUAUGUUGGUCCAAAUGAGUGUUUACUUUUGGCUAAUGUACCAGUUAGUCGUCUUGCACCUCAUCAAAUUAAUCGACGUCAAUAUGGAGCCUAUACUUUCGAUGCACUGAUGCUGAUGAAUAAGUAUACUUAUUCCGAUGAAUUUAGUUUAUCUGAACAAGAUGCUAAUGAAUUAGCUUCACGAUUACAAGUAGGCAAAUCAAUAAUUACUUUCAAUGCACGACGACUUCGUAGCAUCUGUCAUACUCUUCUUGCAUUUCAUGAAUCAUUUCGACGAUAUGUUCUAUGUAAGAGUGAUGUUGCUCUAAAAGAACCAACACCCAAUUCGAGACAAAUGGCUAUGGCAUUGGAAUUCUAUUUACAAAUCGAUGUGGAUUUAUUCUAUAUGAAAACUUGUUCGUUUCGAGGAGCUCAUCCUCCAUCUAAUAUAAAAGGUCUAUUUUGUGGAAGAGAUGAAUCGCAAGCAAGAUAUUCAUUGGUUUCAUGUGAUAAUCUUUUUUGUCAAUGUUGUUUUCCAUUAAAUACUUACAAGAAAAGUCAACCAUGGCCAAUUGUUAAUUUUACUUCAAGUUCAAUGCAUCGAUUUCUCAAUGGUUAUACUACCUAUCUCAAUUGUCCAGCAACAUGUACUACAUCGAAUAUAAUUUAUGCCAUGACAUGUCCAUGUGGUCAUUAUGAUUAUAUUGAUUCAACAGCAAAAACAUUGGCUGAUGCUAUGGCUUAUCAUCGAGAACAUGGCAAUCGAAUUAUACAUGAAAAAUUAACUGAUAGUCCUCUAUUUCGAGGAUCACAAAUCGAUCCUAAUGAGAGAGAAAAAGAAAUGGUUAAUCAAAUGCGUCUCUAUCAACAUUCAGCUCGUUGUCCAGAAGCACUUCGUUCAUUUCUUGAUUGCAAUCAUAUGUAUUGGUGUUUUAUUCCUCUACCUGUGGAUGAAGCAGCAACAGAAAAUGCUGCUAAUCGUCCAGGAACUUCUACUACAGAUCCCAAUCUGGAUGCUGUGAUAGCAACUACUGCCGUAGACAAUCGUAGGGUGGCUAAUUAUCUAGAUAAUGUACCAUUACCACCAACUCCCUAUGCCUUCUCAUAUCUACAGAUAAAACAACAGCGUCUAUUUUUCGAACGAUUUGUUACUUCUUCUAUUCAUUACCGGCCUUAUAUCAAAUUAGAUUUGUAUAACAUAGCAAUCAUUGCCGUUUUACCAGAUGAUUGUUCAAUGAUACUACGAUACAUUAUCGAAACAUUAUUCAUUAUUCAUGGUGAAACUAAAUUGAAUAUGAUUUGUCCACUUGGUGGUGAUGCUGAAAAACGUUACGGUCGUCUGUAUAACCUACAUUGGUGUGCUAAUUUGAAUCGUUCAUCAAUGUCAACCACGACAUCAACUCAGUGA